ACCUUUAGACCGUGAAACGCCGUAGUUGGCGGACGCUUUGGUAGUUGACGGGAAACAGUCGCUUCAAACGGUUUGGCGUACGCACACACGAAGUCGUAAUACUCGGUGACUGAUAAAAGCAGUGCGAAUUCUGCGUAUUUGUUUCGUUACGGUUUCUAAUUUUUACAAAUCGACAAUUCACCAGAAAUUACAGGUGCAAAAUCCCAUCUGAUUACCGCAGACACCUCGCAGCCCGACAACGCUGCCACCCACCACCAGCGCAUCGGCUUUCAUACGCAUUUUCUUGCAAUGGACAAUGUUGUCUGCUACGCUUUGGCCACGUGGCUGCUCUUGUUGUGGAUUUACUUUUUGUGGUCACGUAGACGCUUUUAUCGUGUGGCCUGGCAGUUGCCCGGACCUGUGGGUUUACCAUUCAUUGGUCUGGGAUUGCAAAUGAUGCAUCCGGAGACUUUCUUGCAGUAUAUGGAACACACAUCGAAACGAUAUACGACACCAUUUAUUUCAUGGAUGGGCACAAGUUGUUUUCUUUACGUUAAUGACCCGGAAACAGUGGAAACGAUUUUCAAUUCACCGCACUGCACGAACAAAGGCGAACUCUAUCGUUUUCUGGCUGCAGCAAUUGGCGACGGGCUCUUCACGUCCAGCUCGCAACGCUGGAGCAAGCAUCGCCGCCUCAUCAAUCCGGCUUUUAGCCGCCAAAUUAUCAACAACUUCCUGCCCAUUUUCAAUGCGGAAGCCGAUGUGAUGCUGAGCAAAUUCACCGCUUUGGCCACGACCGGAACACAGUUGGAAAUCUACGAGAUGUUGAAACGUAACGUUUUGGAGGCAGCUUGUCAGACGACAAUGGGUAAACGCAUGAAUUUCGAAAACGAAGGUUCGGCGCACAUCUUCGAGGCCUACAAUGGCAUAACCGAGGUGUGUGUGCGCCGCAUGCUGUCGCCCUGGCUUUAUCCGGAUGUACUCUACCACCACUCGUCGCAGUUCGUGCGCCAACAGCAGGUCGUUCAAGUGCUCUUCAGCUUCAUUGAUAGUCUGCUGCAGCGCAAAAAUAAUAAAUCAGUUGCAAAUGGCAUAGGACAACAACAAGCGCAACAACACGCAUCAAUGAGUAUAAAGAAAAGUGAAAAUUGCUCAGAGUCUGCUAAUGAGAAUGAGUGUAGAAGUGGGAGAAAGCAUAUAAGUGACAAAGUGGGUGUGGAUGCAGUAACGGAUGUGAAUGCGGAUGCUUCAGCGGCCAUACGGAAGUCGAAAGCCAUAUUUGUGGAGCAAGUUCGUACGCAUGUGGAGCAAGGUCAACUGUCAUGGGAGGAUGUACGCGCCGAGGCAAAUGUCAUCAUAGCGGCAACGUUCGAAACCACUUCGACAGCGUUAUACAUCGUUUGCUUGUGUCUCGCCAUGCAUCCCGAAUACCAAGAAAAACUGUACGACGAACUCAGCACAAUCUUCCCAGAAAACGCAUCGCCAGACGUAGACUAUGAGCACCUGGAGCGUAUGCCUUACACCGAGAUGAUUAUCAACGAAGCGCUGCGACUCUACGCACCCGUACCGAUGGUGCUACGUAGCGCAGCCGAUGAUUUUCGUCUACGCAACGGCGCACUUAUACCGCGUGGCACACAAAUCGGUAUCGACAUCUACAACAUGCAACGCGAUGAACGUAUUUGGGGACCACAUGCGAAACAAUUCAAACCGGAAGCACACUUCGGACCGAAUGCGACGAAGCGACAUGCCUUCGCUUUUAUACCCUUCACAAAAGGUUUACGCAUGUGUAUCGGUUAUCGUUAUGCGCUGAUGCUGAUGAAGGUGUUCGUGGCGAAGAUAUUCCGACAAUACCGUUUAAAGACCGAAGCAACACUCGAUCAGCUGAUCGUCAAGGGUACCAUAUCGUUGAAAUUGGCCGAAUAUCCGUUAUGUCAGCUGGAGGCGCGCAGUAGUGGAGGCGUUAGGUUUAUUAUUAGGUUUUACGGAGAACGAUUGGCAUGUGGGUUCAAUAAAUAAAAGUAGGAAAGAGUGGCGAGGAGCGGAAAGCUUGAAGCUCUGCAUGCCUUAGUUGAAAACAAAAAUGUACAAAUAUGUUUGUUUUUUGGUUUUUUAUUAAUAAUAUUUAUUUAUUUUUAAUCAAAAUUGUUAAAAUUGUUGUUAUCCGUUAUCUGUUUGUUUUUGUAAUAUUCACAAGCUGCUUUUCCUUACGGCUACUCCUACAUUUGCGCUUAGCGUUUACUUUCUUACAAUAUAUAUAUUUUUUAAUUUUG